CCUGUCACCGCCGCUGCAUCUAUGCGCCUUUUGUUCAGCGAUUGUUUGGUUGGAGGCUGCGAUGGCUCUGUUCUUGUUUCAUCCAAUGUCUUCAACCACGCCGAGCGCGAUGCUGAAAUCAACCGCAAUCUUCCUGGUGACGCCUUUGACGUCGUCACUCGAGCGAAGAUCACCUUAGAGCUCUCCUGCCCUGGGAUUGUCUCUUGCUCCGACGUGUUAGCGCAAGCGACUAGAGAUCUCAUCGCGGCUACAGGCGGACCAUCGUACAAAGUUGAAUUAGGGCGAAAAGAUAGCCUCGUCUCGAAAGUUUCAGACGUGGAAGGCAACAUUCCGAAACCGAAUCAAUCAAUCGACGAGUUGAUCAAGCUAUACACAGCGAAAGGCUUCACGAUUCAAGAAAUGGUAGCGCUAUAUGGCGGACGCACGAUCGGAUUCUCAAAUUGCAAGGAAUUCAGCGACCGGCUCUUCAAUUUCAGCAAAAACACACCAACAGAUCCUGAGAUUAAUUCGAAAUACGCGGAGGCGUUGAAGAAGUCCUGCGCCGAUUACGAGAAGAAUCCAGCGAGUUCGGCGUACAGCGACCCUGUAACGCCAGGGAAGUUCGACAACGUAUACUACCAGAAUCUGCUGAGAGGAAUGGGACUGUUGGCGUCGGAUCAGGCGCUGGUGAAGGAUCCGAGAACAAGGAAAUUCGUGGAGAUGUAUGCAGGAAACCAGGCAUUAUUCUUCAAGGAUUUUGGAGAGGCGAUGGAGAAGAUGAGCGUUCGCGAGGUGAAAACUGGCGGGAAAGGAGAAGUGAGGACAAGAUGCGAUGCGUUUAAUUCAAUCAACCAUUAGCCCAUUUUGUCUUUUCCUAAAUAAGUCAUUCUUUAAGGGGAUUUUUUU